AUGCACCCAUUUCGUCAAGUGUGCACAUUGUGGCACGAUGUGUUAAAGUUCACGUUCAUUCUCAAGAGGCGGCUUUCUACAACACCCGCUGCUCCAGCCAUUAAACGUCCAACGAGCCAGUACUGCAGCGGCCUUUCUCGCCGCCAGAUCUCCAACCAAGCCACAUGCUCAACUGCGGCCGGGUCACCGACCCGCCGAGACGUUCCGUAUGACGUUGGCGAGUGCAUCAUCCACUCGGCGCCCCCGCCGGUGCCCCCUCCGCGCGCCCUCGAACUGGUGAAGGAGGAAGUGCAUCGCGCCCUGAAGGCCUUCUCGACCAAACCAGUCAAGGGUGAACCCAAAGCUCCCCUGCCGUCCGACCUACUGCGGCCGUUCGACGUCUCUAAGGAUGGCCGCGUGACUUACCGCGAGUUUCGGACCGGGAUUCUUGGGCUCGGAAUCGGACUGACGGCCCACGAGGCGGAAGCGCUGGCGCAGGUGGUGGACCGAGAAGGCACCGGGCUCGUCGACAGAGGGCCCUUCGAAGCAGCGGCGACUCGGGACUGGGGCAGCAGCGGCAGGGACGGCGGCUGGCAGGGAAGGCCUACGUCGGCACCAGGGAGCGUGCCUGGGGCGGUAGCGGAACCCCAGAUCGGAGGUGGGGCAUUGCAUUCACCUGGUGAACACACCAGCCACCCCCAGGUGGACGACGGCAGUAUCGUUCGCGACGGCGAGAAGGGAUAUGCCGGUGGAGAAGUGCUCCCGCCUCCGCCAACACCCUCCGAGGCACCGGAACCGCUUCGACAGUGGUCGAGAUUGGAGACAACGGGGAGGCCUUCGCGCAAUCGCGGUCCGUCCACAUUAUCCUUCGACUGCUGGCAACAGAAUGCCAAUAGACGAAACGAAAGCAACAAUGCCGCAGACGCCGUUGUCGCCAAGACGCCGGCGUCUACUGGCAGUAGCAUCGGCAGAAGCGACGGCAACGUGAACGGUCACCACAAACACUCUAGAGAUACUAGCACCAGCGCCAGCCCUGCGGCCGCCGGCCCCAAGAGAGGCAACAGCGACUACAACACCCACAACAACAACCUGCAGCCGUCUCAAAAGUAUCUACAAUCCUUGCAAACGCUGCGCUCCUUGCUGCAGCGAGACGGGGUCUUCGACGAAGUGAAAUCCACGCCGAUUGCAGACGAGACCAACAAGUCCAACGAACGCUCGUUGUCCUUCGGGACCGAAAUCCGGGGACGUCGUCGCGAACGGCGACUGCAGGAGCAGUCUCAGCAUCAGGCUGGUUCAAGACUCAGCGGCGGCGGGGGCGGUGAUGGAAAGCAAAGAGUAGAUUUGAGCAGGGUAGAACAUCGCCGCUCCCGAGAAGAAGAUUGCCGGGCGGACAGCCCUCCUCCGCCUAACGGGGCCGGAGCCAACGGCGGUGGCAGACAACAACAACAAAUGAGGGCCGGUGGUGCUGCGAGCACCGGCAAAACAAAUGUCGUCGUCUCCGACACCGAGGCGCCGGAUCAUCUCGCAAGAGCGCAAGCGGUCGCGGCUCGAGCGGAAAAGAUUCUCCAGCUGCGUUCCCGGGGGGACCUCGUCGGUCUCCGCAGGGCCGUUUCGAAGGCGGACCCUUCCGCCUCGGGGGUGAUAUCGCGGAGGGAGAUGGAGCGGGUUAUCUUGCGCCGGUUCGGCACUGGCCUCGAGGACGAUGAGGCCAGGCAUCUCGCCGCGUGCUACCGGAAGGACUUCAACGGCCGCUCGAUGGUCGACUACGGCCGUCUGUUCGACAACAUGGAGGUCCAAGAGGGCGGCGUUUAUGGACGGGGGGUCACGCCAUCGCCAGGGCCGUCGAAGUCGUCUGGGCGUGGUUGCUGGGAGGAUCAACAGCACUCAUCGUCGCGGGACGGAGGCGGCGGCACGCGGGCGAGAUCGGCGUCGGUGAGCGCCGCCGGAGAGGGUCGGAGGAGAGGGUCUCGUCCGAUGCGCGCUGCGGCAGGGGGGAGAACUAGGCACAGCCAGCGGAGGUAUUGGAGGAGAGGGGUGCCCGAUGCUGCCGACGACAACUUUGUCCGAGGCGGUGCUCCGGCGGAAGCGAGUCAGUUGGUGAGGAGGGCCCGAGCCAAGACGCUCGCGUUGUUAGACCGGCACGGAACCCGGAGUGUUGACUGCGUGUUCGGGCUGGUGGACCAAGCGCACACCCAAACCGUGAACUCCGGGGAGCUCAGGGAAGCCCUGCGUAUCCUGGGGGGAUCGGAUACGUUGUCCGAGAUAGAGCACCGAGCGCUUUUCAAGGGCAUCAGCAAGGGCCGCGACCGCAUUCACUACAGGGACAAGACUUACCCCAACACUCAACGUUAUUCCCGAGGUCCCGCCGCCAGUGUGGUUGCCACGACAUGCUUUAUAUAUACAUUGUUCUUUGGCACGCCUUUGGUCCUCCACAAACAGGAGCUCCUAGACACGCUCCGGGCGUCGGAGGUCGCCGAGCACAGGGAGCGCACCCAGCGAAAGCUCCAACACCAGGCAGGGCUGCCCACGAGCGGCCGAGGCUCCGCGAUCCACUGGCGCCACAGCGACGUCCUCGAUUGGGACGCGCCGCCGGCCGGGGGUGGUGGCCGGAAGGGUUCCCGCGGGGUCGGUCUGAAAGGAGGCCGGCAGCACAAAGAGUCGCGCCGGCAGGCCCUGGUGUUCCAGAGGCUGCGGGACGGCGUGAAACAAAUCCAGGAGAAGCAAAACAGCGCCUGGCCGGUGUUCGACAUGUUCCGCCAACGGGGACGAGCAAGAGCAGGAGGGUACUGCGACGCCGCCGCCGCCACCGCCGCCGCCCCGACCACAAGUGGCAACGGCACCAUCAACAACGACGACGACCCCGACCGCACACCCUCGCCCUUGUCACCAUCCGCGCUCCGAGCCGGCCUGGGCUCCCUAGGAGUCCCCCUCGGGGACGAAGACUUCGAUACCCUUAUCGCCGCCACGGAUCCCGACCGCCGCGGGAAGGUCUCAUACCCGACCUUCUGCGAGGCCCUCGACCUGCAUCCACUCCGUGGGGACCCUCCCGACGCUCAUCGGACCGCCUCAGGUUCCGAAGAAGAAGAGCGACCCUCCUCCGCGCCCCCGGUGCCGACGAAGUCGAGACAGCACAACCGACAGCACGUGGGGUCCGGUGGUGGCAGCGGCAGCGGCGGCGCUACUGCUGGAGUCGCGGGUAAAGGACGGGGAGAAGGCGGGGGUUACAUUCGUCGCCGGGCGAUGGAACUAGCGCCGCCCGCGGACGCGCGCGAGGACCUCGAGGGAGGAGUUUUCCACGUUAACGAGGCGACGUGCGGGUGCGCCAACCCGAACUUCACCACCACCAUGGUUCCGGCUUCGACCGGAGGGGGAUGCAGGGCAAACAACAACCGUCCUCGGCCCGACUCGUACCGUCCGAAGAGGCGGCAGUCGCCGGCUCCGGCUCCGGGGGGCACGCUCACCGGCGUCCGCACGAAGAGCCACGGCCAGACGCUUCUUGUGGUUGGUAGCGGCGGUGGGGACCGCGUGGGGCUGAGGGACCAGACCGGUUUGGAGGCUGAGAGGCGCUUUCGCCAAGGGCUUGGAAUCAAGAUGAGGGCGUGGAGCGACGACAACAACACCGGCGGCCGAGGCCACAGGCGCGGCCGUUCCCACACCCCAAGGGACAGCGAUCUCGGGUUCGGGUCCGAGCGCAUGCGCUCCACGUCGAGGUGCGACGACGACGAAGACUGCCGCGGCGGUGGCGGCCGUCGCGAGAGAAGAAGCGGCAGUGUUGGGUGGCGCCGGACCGGAACAAAUGGUGACGUAGGUCCGGGCUUGAGGCGGGUACGGUCUCUUAGCCUGGGAGCCGAACGGCGCUACGGGGACUGGGCCCGAUCCUCCGUCCAACACCUCCUGCGGCAAGAUGGGUGGCUGGGCGCUCGUUCUUUCCGUCUCGAUCCGCCGUCGCCGGUGACGGGGUCUCGAAACACGGCCGGAGGCGGUCACUCGUCAGAGCAACACGGAGGUCGGGGGAAGAGUCGGUGGCCUCGCGCGGAAACGGCGUUUGAGAUGCGUCGAUCGCGAUCAUCUCCGCGGGACCUGAGUCAACACAAGAACUCUGCGGAUGGUUCCGUCAUGAACAACCGGAGGUAUUCGGCUCAGACCAGGGAGCGCCGGCCUACCCCGUACGCAACCGACGCCGACUUGUCCUCGGUGUGCCGGGUGAUGCCAGCGGCUACCGCGGCCACUUCUCAUAGCGCCGUUGCUCUGACCACCGAGGGGUACGGGCGCUGGCGAAAGGAAGCAACAGGGGGGAGCCGAAGCGGCGGAGAGAGAGGGGAUUUCUCCCCUACACUGAGGUGGGGCUAGUCGAGGAGCUUGCCGCAGCAGUCGGGUGGACGCCAGAGCGACAUAAAAGGCCGUUCAGCAACCCUGCCCUUCAACUCGAAGACCCGGGGCGAGUGGCUCUGAGGCCCCGUUGGUGGUUCGUAUGAGGGGGUAGGUCUUUUUGUGGCAUGUGUGUGUACGUGUGCCUCCGUAGCCAACAAAGGCAUCCAGCACAUCUUUUCGGGGCUUUCACUUCGUGUUAAGACAAGGGCAACUACGUGUGGUUUAGCCUCUGGUGCUCGUUCAUGAACGUGGUUUUAUUGUGGGUAUUACAUCAGCUAAGCUUAACAGGUUUUGGAUACGGACAUGUGU